UCUAGCCCACGCUCUGGACCUGCCAAGCACGCCGACCGGAAGUGCCUCUCGCGCGCCGAGGGGCGGGUCCGGAAGUCGUCCGUAAAAUCCACCGGGGAGGCUUUUCCCGAGUGUAGCGUUUGAGGCAGCGGGGAGGGAGGCUUCACCCGGUAACUACUAGGGUUUGAUGAAUGGAUAUUAUAAGACGAGAGCGAAGAGGCUGUCGCCCCAGUGGCUGUCGUCCGGGUCCGUGACCCGCGUGGCUCAGAAGCCGCUCCUGUGACGGCCAAUGGGAGCCGCAGGCCGCGAGGAUUCUGGGGACUGUAGUUCUGGGGGAGUCCCGCGGCCGGUGAGUGGAGGGACCGAGCGAGACCCUCAGGGUCCCCGACCCCCGGGCGUCUUUUCCGCGCGGUCUUGGAUGCAUGGAAACGAGGGCUUUCAUAACUGAGAUUUGAAGUCACCUUAGGCAGCAGAAAUCCAUCUUGAGGUGAAAUAACUUCCAUCUGGCCUUGUGGCAGAAUUUCAAGGCAGUCACUGGGGCCAUUAAGUUGCCUGAUCCUUCAGCCUGGGGAAAGCAGACUGGGAGAAGAUUUUGUCUUCAGAGAACAGGGAAGAUAUGGAGACUGUGAAGAAACUGACUCAAAAACAUGAGGCCAAAGGUUUGUCUUCUAAGGAUGCUGACUGGCCCCAAGAGAAGAGGAAGCCCCAAAUACUGUGCCUUCAGUGCGGCAUGGACUUCGUCCUUCAGUACCACUGGUUCCUCGUCAUAUGCUACCUCCUGAAAUGGUUGAACAUCAACCAGUUCUCUCUGGUAUAGUGACCUGUAUAUUCAACAGAGAACUGCCAGAAAUUCAAGCUGGAUUCAGAAGAGGAUGUGGAACCAAGGAUAUUGCUAAUGUCAGAUGGAUCGUGGCUGAAAGCAGAGAAUACCAGAAAGAUGUUUACCUGUGUUUCAUUGACUAUGCAGAGGCAUUUGACUGUGUGAAUCAUAACAAAUUAUGGAUAACAUGGUGAAAAAUGAGGAUUCCAGAACACUUAAUUGUGCCCAUAAGGAACCUGUAUAUAGAUUAAGAGGGAGUCAUUCAGGCAGAACAAAGGGAUACUGUGUGGUUUAAAGUCAGGAAAGGUGUGCAUUAGGGUUGUAUCAUUCAGUCUGUAUGCUCAGCAAGUAAUCUGAGAAGGUGGACUAUAUGAAGAAGAACGGGGCAUCAGGAUUGGAGGAAGACUCAUUAACAACUUGCGAUAUGCAGAUGACACAAGCUUGCUUGCUGAAAGUGAAGAGGACUUGAAGCACUUACUGAUGAAGAUCAAAGACCACAGCCUUCAGUAUGUAUUACACCUCAACAUAAAGAAAACAAACAUCCUCACAACUGGACCAGUAAGCAACAUCAAGAUAAACAGAGAAAAGAUUGAAGUUGUCAAGGAUUUCAUUUUACUUGGAUCCAUAAUCAACGCCCAUGGAAACAGCAGUCAAGAAAUCAAAAGACGCAUUGUGUUGGGCAUAUCUGCUGCAAAAGACCUCUUUAAUGUGUUCAAAAGCAAAGAUGUCACCUUGAAGAUUAGGAUGUGCCUGACCCAAUCCGUGGUGUUUUCAGUUGUCUCAUGUGCAUGCGAAAGCUGGACAGUGAAUAAGGAAGACCAAAGAAGAAUUGAUGCUUUUGAGUUGUGGUGCUGGCAGAGGAUAUCGAAUAUACCAUGGACUGCCAAAAAACAAACAAAUCUGUCUUGGAGGAAGUACAACCAGAAUACCCCUUAGAAGCAAGGAUGUGUCUCACAAUCUUUGGACAUGUUAUCAGGAGGGAUCAGUCCCGGGAAAAGGACAUCAUGGAACCAGUUACAUUCGAGGAUGUCACUGUAGUCUUCACAGAGGCAGAAUGGGAGAGACUGAGCUCUGAGCAGAAGAACCUGUACAAAGACGUGAUGCUGGACAUUUACAGCAAUCUGCUCUCGUUGGCAGAACCGAAGCCAGAACUCUACCCCUGCUCCUCCUGCCUUCUGGCUGUCUCCUGUCAGCAGUUCCUCAGCCAGCACGUGCUUCAGAUCUUCCCAGGCUUCUGUGCACAACAUCGCGUCCAUCCAGAGCCUUCCAGCCCAGGGCAUCAGAAGCAGCCAGAGCAGCAGGAUUCUGAUCUCAGCUGCUGGAGGGAAAACACAGAAGGUCAAGACGGAGAAGAAGUCUCCAGACCCCUGAGUGGGAGGACAGGGGAGGGAGAGACUUCAAAGGUGUUCUCCAGCCCACCCCAAAGAGAGUCAGCAAGCCCUGGAGAGGGCAACACAGAGAUAGGGACAGAGCCCAGCUCAGGCCAAGGGGUAGAGUCUGUGGAAAGAGGCAAAGGGUUGAAGGAAUUAGAAAUGUCAAGAUUAGGAGCAGUCAUCUGUAGAAAGGAUGAACCAGACUGUGGCCUGAAGUCAGACUUCAUCACACACCAGAGGUCCCUCUUACAGGAGAAGCCCUUUGUGUGCAAUGAGUGUGGCCAAGGAUUUCCCCAGAAAUCACUUCUCUUUAUGCACCAGAGGACACACUCAGGGGAGAAGCCACAUGUGUGCAAAGAGUGUGGGCGAGGGUUUAAAUGGAAAUCAGACCUCCUUAUGCACUGGAGGACACACUCGGGGGAGAAGCCAUAUGUGUGCAAGGAAUGUGGACGAGGGUUUAGCAACAAAUCAAAUCUCACCAGACACCAGAGAACACACUCAGGUGAGAAACCUUAUAUGUGCCUGGAGUGUGGGCGAGGCUUUAACCGCAAAUCACAUCUCAUCACACACCAGAGGACACACUCAGCUGAGAAAUCUUACGUGUGCCUCCAGUGUGCACGAGGCUUUAACCCCAAAUCGAGUCUCAUCACACACCAGAGGACACACUCCUGUGAGCAACCUUAUGUGUGCAAGGAGUGUGGCCAGAGGUUUCAACGGAAAUCAAACCUCCUUAUGCACUGGACGACAGAUUCAGGGGAGAAGCCACAUGUGUGCAAGGAGUGUGGGCGUGGCUUCAACCAGAAGUCGAAUCUCAUCACACACCAGAGGACACACUCAGGUGAGAAACCUUAUGUGUGCCUGGAGUGUGGGAGAGGCUUUAAGUGCAAAUCAAAUCUCAUCAUACACCAGAGGACACACUCAGGUGAGAAACCUUAUGUGUGCCUGGAGUGUGGGCGAGGAUUUAACUGCAAAUCAAAUCUUGUCACACAUCAGAGGACACACUCAGGUGAGAAACCUUACAUGUGCCUGCAGUGUGGGCGAGGCUUCAACCAGCAUUCGAAUCUCAUCUCACACCAGAGGACACACUCAGGUGAGAAACCUUAUGUUUGCUUGCACUGUAGGCGAGGCUUCAACCGGAAGUCGAAUCUCAUCACACACCUGAGGACACACUCAGGUGAGAAACCUUACAUAUGCAUGCAGUGUGGACAGAGCUUUAGGCAGAAAUCAGGCCUUCUUGUUCACCAGGGAACACACUCAGAAGAAAAGCUGUAUGUGUGCAAGGAGUGUGGGCGUGGCUUUACCUACAAGUCAACUCUGAUCACACACCAGAGGACACACUCAGGGGAGAAGCCAUAUGUGUGCAAGGAGUGUGGGCGUGGCUUUAACCACAAGUCAGCUCUCAUCACACACCAAAGGACACACUCGGGGGAGAAGCCACAUGUGUGCAAGGAGUGUGGGCGAGGCUUCAGCCAGAAGUCAAAUCUCAUUACACACCAACGGACACACUCAGAUGAGAAACCUUACCUGUGCCUGGAGUGUGGGCGGGGCUUUAGCCGGAAGGCAGGUCUCCUUCUCCACCAGGGAACACAUUCAGAGAAGAUGUGUGUGUGCAAGUAAGUGUGGGUGUAGCUUUAACUGGGAAUCAUGCCCCAUAAUCCACCAGAAGACACGCUCAGGGGAAAAGCCUCAUGUGCAAGGACUGUGGCCAAGCGUUUAAACGGAAACCGACCUUCUUGUGGACUGGAGGACAUACUUGGGGGAGAAGCCACAUGUGUGCAAGGAGUGUUGGUGAGGCUUCAUCCAGAAGUCAAAUUUCAGUCACACACCAGAGGACGCACUCAGGUGAGAAACUUUAUGUGCGCCUGCAGUGUGGACGGGGCUUUAGCCAGAAUCAAGCCUCCUUCCUCACCAGGCAGCACACUCAGGGGAGAAGCCAUAUGUGUGCAAGGACUGGGCAUAACUUUAGCCACAAGUCAACUCUCAUCACACACCAGAGAACAUACUCAGGUGAGAAACCUACAUGUGCCUACAGUGUGGGCAGGGCUAUAGGCAGAAGUCAGGCCUCCUCCAUCAGGGGACCCACUCGGGAGAAGCCAUAUGUGUGCAGUGAGUGUGGGCGAGGGUUUAGCAACAGAUCUUUGCAGACACGAGAGGACACACUUGGGGUAGAAUCUACAUGCGGUAUGGCCCUGGCUUUAGCCAGAAGUGAGGCCUCAUCACACAUCAGAGGACGCACAGAUAAGAAGCCGUAUGUUAGCAGUGAUUGUGGCCAAGGCUUUCACCAGGAAUCAAGCUUCCUUGUACACUGCAGACCACACUCUGGGGAAAGCUACAUAUGUACAAAGGGUGUGAUCAAGAUUGUAACUGCAAGUCAAAUCUCAUCAGACACCAGGGGAUACACGCAGGUGAGAAAACUCAUUUGCCCCUACAGUGUGGGUGAGGCUUUAGCCAAAAGUCAGGCUUCCUUCUCCACCAGGGGGCGCACUCCAUGUGUGCAAGGAGUGUCAGAAAGGCGUUAGCCCUAAGCAAACCCUCAUACAUCAGCAGGCUCACUGGGGUGAAGCUGUAUUUUUACAGUUAGUGUGGGUGAGACUUUAAAUCAGUCCUCCUCUUACACCGAAGUACACAGAAGCUUUAAGUGUGCAGGGAGUAAGGGCAAGAAUUUGGGAAAACAGUAUACAUCAGAGAGCCAGCCUUAUUUUGGGGUGGGGGGAGGGAGAACGGGAGCUGCUCUAGCAAUAAGUUAUACCUCCUCUUGCACCAGAAGACGCUCACGGAGAGAGCUGUGUGGGCAGAACUUCAUUCUAGCGUCCCUCCUCAGCUGACUUAGGACGAAAUGUUGCCCCCACAAAUCACUACUUCACCCCCCUCUGAGGGAGUUUCAGGAGGUCUCCUGACUACCUAUACUCUGUAUGAGGUGAUGGUGUCAGUAGUAACUAAACAGACUAAUUUUCCACAUUCUGUAGCCAUUACAGAAUAGAAAAUUAGAAGGCUUACUGAAGUAAUCCUGGAAUGGGUGACGUUUUAUUCUGAUACACCACCAGUUCUUUCGCAUGCUUUGUUGUCCCUUCAUUGUAAAAUUUUUCUUCAAUAAAUCAUAGCUCAGGCUCUGUUACUCAUCUGUCCUGAAUGGCACAUGGAAAUCAAAUUCACCCUUCAAGUUUUUUGAAUGAAUUCAACCCGUAAGGAAAAAAAUAAGUCCUAAAGGCGCAUAUUGGGGAAUCUGAUCCUUUGCAUGGGGAGAGGAGUGAUCUAGGUUUUGGAGACAGAUACCAGGUGAAGGGACAGAAUGUCCCACAUCUCCAGGGGCUCAAUUACCUCUUUUCCUAAAUGAUCAUUUUUUUCUGUUACUACCUUCUUCCGUUGGCUUCUGGGAAAGCUCCCUUCCCUGGUUUUCCGUUACGCUUUCUAGUCUCUGGUGUGCUCAGUCUUUUCUCCACCCAUUGAAGUAUUGCUGUUCCCUAAUGCUCAGUUCCCAGUCCUAACUCCAAGGGCCUUAUAACCACCUACUGCCCCUCACCUUGAAGUCAGCUUUCCAGAGCCUUCCAGAUUCCAGGGCCAGAUCCUUUAACCAUACCCAAACUGUUCUCUAGUCUUGUUGCUUUGGGCCUUUUGGCUCCUCUAUUUGUCAGGUCAACAGUAUUAGGUGUAAAGACACCUGAGCACAUACCAGGUGAAGGACCUUUAGCCAUGUGCCCUCAAGCCCUCCGAUCCUUGGACUAGUCCUGAUACUGGCAUUCCCACAUCAUUCUAAUAAGUACUGUGAAACAGCCUAGCCAUACCUCUUCCUUUGUUUUUCACUGCAAGGACCUGGCUCUUUAGCCACACCUCGGUGUAGUACUCCACCUUGGAGCCCAAAUUUUCCAGUUUUUUUGACAAAUGCUGCAUGUUCUUGCUCUUACCCCUGUGUCCUGGGGCAAUAAAUAUUCGCUGGAGAGGGUUUACCUAAAAAAAAAAAAAAGAUGCUGCAAAUUUGUUUGCCCACUGGGAGUUUGCUCGGACAACAGAAUUGAUGUUUUGAGAAUAGAAAAAGCCUGGAGUGUUUUUGACAACCCUUCAAAGCAGGGCAUGGGAAGGUGUCAAAGGAGCCACCAGCCCCACAGCCUCUACCCACUCUCCCUUGCCUUGAAGCCAGCUUUCCAGAGAAUUCUGAUUCCACUCAGGUGGAGAGAAAGGGUGGGAGUGCCUGGAAAUGUGGGCCCCAUCCUUUGCCACAUUUGCCCUAAUGUCCCUUUUCCACAAUUCCUUCCCACCAUAGCAGAGCACACUUUCCUCACUCAUUCCCACUUCUGAGUCAGGUAAGGAGUGGCUAGGGAAGGGAGAUGGAGUGGGGAAAGGGACAGUGGCCCAGGGACAGCUUGGGGAGGAGCUGGAGAGCCACAGGCUCAGGAAGGAGCCUUGAGGUAUCAACGAUGCAGCCAUACUCCAUCCCUCCUGUAGAGCCCUAACUCCUUGGCGGCUGGUGCUCUUGAGUCUCUCCCCUUGUCAUGGGGCUGCCUCACCAAGGACUCAGGCUUCCAACAAUGGAGGAGUAGUGUGUGACAGGAGAGGAAGAGCUUGGCAGAGCAGACUGCUGGGGUGCAUGCUGAUGCCAGGUCCUCCACAUGCCACAUGCCAGGAUGGGUGCCAGGAUGAAUCCCUGCCCCUUGUAAUGGGGGAGAGGGUUUCUUCUAGCUCCCCAGAGGCCAUCACUUCCUGAGAUUCUGCUUCCUACCCUGUAAGCGGGGUGGGGACCUGGCCCUGCUUGGGUUGUGGAACAGUGGGGUCAUAGGAUAACAUGUUUUGUGACGUGAAGUGUAGGAGCCCCAGCAUGUGGGUAUGGCUUCUCUCCUCUCCUCAUCACAGCCAAGGGUCUUCUCUCCCCUCUGGGGCUUCCAUAGGCUGUCCAGCUUCUUCAGGGGUAGGUGAGCCUCGCCCAGCCUGGCUGGAUUAAAGCCCUCUCUGGCUCACAGAAGAGCUGUGGUCACAUUCCCAGUGGAAGGUGACCGAAACCUCACUGCUGCUGGUAGAUUGGGAGGUUAAGAGUGUGCUCCCUGGAGUCAAGUGAUGUGGGUGUGAGUCCUGCCUAGAGCAAGCCUCCCUGCCCCACAAUCUGUGAACGUUCAUUGCUUCUCAGAGCUGACCCAAAGUGUCACUCAUCUGGGAGCCUUCCCUGAUGCCCAGGGCUGAGCCUCGUCCCCCUCUAGCAGAACUCCAGGU